AUGAAGUUCGGAGAGCAGUUACGCUCCAGCGUUAUCCAGGAGUAUCAGUGGUAUUAUAUCGAUUACGAUGGUUUGAAAAAUGAGCUCAAGGGACCUACCGGCCCUUUGAAGGCCGGCAAGGGUCCAGAAUGGACUGAGGAUGACGAGACGCGCUUCGUCGAAAGGCUCGAGUCAGAGCUCGACAAGGUUCACACCAAGCAGAAGGUCAAGGCUAUGGAGAUUUCCCGUCGAAUUGCUGUGAGCGAACGCGAAGUCAAGGAUGUGGUUAACCGCCUGAAUGAGCGUGGACUUGGCGAGAAUGGCCCUAGCGAGGAAGAGUUCAUGCUUCUCGAAGAGGACCUCAGCGACAUUAUAGCCGAUGUCCACGACCUUGCCAAAUUUGUGCAGCUCAACUACACCGGGUUUUACAAGAUCAUUAAGAAGCAUGAUAAAACGACCGGAUGGCACCUAAAGCCCGUUUUCGAUAGCCGACUCAAAGCCAAGCCCUUUUACAAGGAAAACUACGACGCCGCCGUCAUCAAGCUGUCCAAGCUCUACGACCUCGUCCGAACUCGCGGAAAUCCCGUCAAGGGCGACAGUGCUGCGGGUGGAGGCCAGGCCAACUUCAUCCGACAAACGACUAAAUACUGGGUGCACCCUGACAAUGUGACGGAACUGAAGCUUAUUAUCCUGAAGCACUUGCCUGUUCUCGUCUUCAAUGCCAACAAGGACUUCGACCCGGAAGAUUCAGCCAUCACAUCGAUUUACUACGACAAUCCCGAUACCUGGGACCUGUACGAAGGUCGGCUGAAGAAAACUGAAGGUGCCGAGGCGAUUCGACUUCGAUGGUAUGGAGGCAUGAAGACAGAGACGAUCUUCGUCGAGCGCAAGACUCACCGUGAAGAUUGGACGGGUGAGAAGUCUGUCAAGGCUCGAUUUGCCAUGAAGGAGAAAAAUGUCAACGCGUACAUGAAAGGAGAACUGCUUCCAGCCGCCAUCUUUGAGAAGGCACGCAAAGAGGGCAAGAAGUCUGAGAAAGCCAUUGCUGAGGACGAGCGAUUGGCCUCUGAGAUCCAAUAUUCGGUCAUUAAAAAGGGCUACAAGCCCGUAUGCCGAUCUUUCUAUAACCGCACUGCGUUCCAGCUCCCCGCUGAUGCCCGCGUCCGAAUUUCGCUGGAUACGGAGCUCACAAUGGUACGGGAGGACAAUCUUGAUGGCCGUGUCCGCUCUGGAGACAACUGGCGCCGUAUGGAUAUCGGUGUUGACUGGCCCUUUUCACAAUUGCCUGCUGAAGACAUUGAGCGGUUCCCUUAUGCCGUCCUUGAGGUCAAGCUCCAGACGCAGUCCGGUCAGAAACCACCUGAGUGGGUUCGCCAGCUUAUCUCAUCUCACCUGGUGGAGGCCGUACCCAAGUUCUCCAAGUUCAUCCACGGUACGGCGACAUUGUUUCCUGAUAGAAUCAACCUCCUGCCUUUCUGGAUGCCUCAGAUGGACGUAGACAUCCGCAAACCCGUUACUCAUGACUUUGGCAUUCGACGACCCGGGUUGUCAGGUACUACAAAUACAUCUGAUGACGACGAAGAGCUUGACUCGGAUGAUGAGGAAUUGCAGGCUUCUGGCCGCAAUGGCACUAACGGCGAGUCGAGCGCACAGGGCGCCCGUGGUCUCCGUGAGCUCCCUCCUAUUGACAUGGAGGGCCAGAUGACAGACCUUCCAGCGGCCGAUGAAGACUAUGCGAUUUACAACUCCGAUGAUGAGUAUGAUGAAAGAUACGAGCUGGCGCAAGCCAAGAGAAGUGGAGGAUGGCGCUAUUACUCGGCUUUGCUUUCUGCCAAGACUCGACAUGUCAGACAACAUUUUGGGGAAAAUGUGAUUUCAGCGCUGAAGCUUGCUAUUCCCGCGCCUAGAAGCACGCAGGUUGAACGCAGUGACCGGCUGCAAGCCUUGUUUGGGCACGAUCCUAUCCAGACUAAGAAGUUUAAGGCACCCCCCGGCAAGAAGAUCUAUGUGCCUGUACGCGUGGAGCCCAAGGUCUAUUUUGCGGCUGAAAGAACAUUCUUGGGAUGGCUCGAGUUUUCUAUAUAUAUCGGCACAAUUGCUGUCACGCUACUCAACUUCGGUAGCCAUCCCACACCUACCCAUUUCUGGAUUUCUGGCCUCUUUACUGUACUGGCUGUUGCAAGCCUCGCAUACUCUGUGUUUACGUAUCUCCACCGAAGUAGAGGCAUCCGAGAACGUAAGGCCAUUGGGUUCUACGAUCGUUGGGGGCCAAGUAUUCUCUGCAUAGCUCUGUUCGUAGGCGUAGCUGCGAACUUUGGGUUCGAGGGUACAGAGAGAGGCAUCUGGUAG